AUGUCAAUUCAGGAUACUGUCGCCAAGUAUACGGAUGUCGUGCAUAGUUUAUCAAUCAAUUAUUCAAACAGGUUGGUUAUAAAAUCAGAAAAACUGGCUCAGGUUAUCGCUAACUCAAAAUCUCCCAUACAAUUUGACCAUUCGGCUUUCGACGGUCAAACAGUGAUAUAUAAAUGCAUCAAAAAGGAACUGUUUCUCAGCCUCAAAACUUUGUUUUCCAAAGUUACCCCAAAAACUGAUAUACAGCUGUUCCUUUACCGAUAUUACAUAUACCAAAGCCAUUUCCAAGCUUUAGGAGGUCAGAUCAAGAGAUACUGUGGUGUAAAGAAAUACGAUGAGUUGAAGUUUGCAGCUAUUAGUCAUUUAGAAACAGGGGUAGAAAACAAUGAUUUAACACUAUUAGCAAUUUGGGUAGUCUCUUUGGAUGAGUUUAUUAGAAAAGAACAAAGAUACAGUGAUGACAGAGGAUCCGACUUUCAAAUAUUUUAUAAACUGAUGGUUGAAUAUUCCUCUUGGAAAUGGGCAUCGGAUAGUAAAAGACAGUAUCAGUUCAUGUCUCAGUUUCAAGCUAAACCCAAAGAAUGUUUAAAGAAAUUUUACGAGUGUUAUGAUCUUCAAAAUUCCGUGGACCCCUUGGUAGAAUUGAUUCAGCCUUGGGAAAGGGCCGUAUUUGCCGCCAACAUUAUAGAUUCGUUUACUGGAGAGGAAACUAGAAUCAGUGGUGCCGAAUUAUUUUGGACAUUCAGAAAUCUUGUAUUUUCUUCUAUUUCGUCUUUUGCUCUUAGAUUAAGCGACCUUCAAAGUAUAUUCAAUGCAUUUAAACCUUACGGAAAGGCGACACUAGUUCAAGAUUUCGCGCACGUACGGUCUCUGAAAUGGCGUAAGGAUGAAACGAUUGAAAGGUUGGUUCGUGCUUUGAUUUUUAACGAUAUGUUUCCCUACUUCACUCUGGAGCAAAAAGAGAAGUUUGAAAAUGGAAUCCUUUUCUUACGUUUGUUAAGGAAAAACUUUCAGGAGAGCAUUAUUGGCAUUAAAGAUUUUCAUGUCCAAGUGAUGAAAUACCUAAACUCUCAACUAAAAAAUAACUAUAACUUAUUGCUGAUGACUUCGAACAAUAAAGAUGCUAACAAAAAUCUCCAUAUGGUUCCCGAUUUUUUGGAAAACGAUAAUAAAAUCAAAGUGUCUCUUUCUUCUUCAGAUGGAUAUACGCAUACGGCUGAAAACAAAGAACCCUUGGGGCAGUACAAGUUUUAUCCAAAGAUUUACUCAAUUGAACAAAAUCCUAUAUUUGACACAUAUGAUACAUAUGAGUCUCAUAAAAUAUAUGCUAUAGUUUCAUUAUUGCGAUAUUAUUUACCUGAGAAUAGAAAGUUUUUCCAGACUUAUUAUCUACCAAGCCUUUUCAAAAGGAUCUUGUACUACAAUACAAAGUUCCCUCACCUGUAUCUUAUGAAGAAUUGCUUAGAGCGGUCAAUUAUAGAAUCUCUUACGAUGUUGGAUCCCUCUUUGGUCCAUACGAUAAAUAAUUUAGUUCAAUCCAGUAUAGAAUCACUUCAGAAUGUAACACUAACAACGGACAACAAAACACCCUCAAGUGUCAUUCUUUUGCCACAAAAAGAUUUCAAGUCGCUUUGUGAAGUAAACAAAGGUUUCAAUGAGCCAUUUUGGCCUAAUGAUUCAUAUGCGAAUAGCUGGCCCGAUUUAGCAAACAAGCAUAUGGAGCGAGGUCAAAUUUUGCACGAUACGUUUGCAUUCCAUAUUUUUGAAAUCGAGCUACCAAUUAUCGUUGAUGGUACAAAGAAUACUCACUUAAAGCUCGUUUCUAACAUGUGUACCGCCAGCAUAUUAUUCCUAUACAAUGAAACGGAUUACCUACCGUUUGCAACCAUCCAAGAAAAACUAGGUGUUUUACCAUCAAGCAAACGGAAUGAGAUAUUAUUAAACAAUUUGAAUAGGUUAGUGAAACUGAAGCUGCUUUUAGUAACAGAGGACAAAGAAGGACAAAAGGUGUACACUUUCAAUUUGAAUUAUGAAAAUACUGGUCAAAACACUUCGAGAAUAAGACUUAUUUAA